AUGAGCAGCGACUCCAGCGAAAAGAUCGAGCUGUCGAGCAUCAACUCGAUCCCCGUGCUGAAGGUGGAGUUGUGCGGUGAUAACAACCAGUACAUCAUCAUUGGCGGCAAAAAGUACCACCGCGAGGACCUCAAUCGCGCCUUUGGUGGUACGUUCCAGGUCGAGCGCUACGCCCCUCCUCCUAAGCACGAGUUUGCCAACCCGUCGCCCCUCGGGUUGGCGGCGUUCGGGAUCACCACCCUCGUACUUGGUCUCUACUACGCUGGUGCUAAGAGUAUCACGGUGCCCGCCGUCAUCACCGGGAUGGCGGCGUUUUUCGCGUCGUCGGGCUUGUUCUUGGCUGGCGUGUGGGAAAUGGUUUUGGGUAACACUUUUGCCUCUACCACUUUCUGCUCGUUUGGCGCCUUCUGGUGGGCGUUCAUGACGCUUUCGGUGCCGUCUUUCGGCAUUGGUGCAGCCUAUAAGGGCGAGGAAGAACAAUUGGAGAACGCCAUCGGGUUCUUUUUGUUGGGCUGGGUGAUCUUUAUUUUCAUCCUUGUCUUGUGCACCCUCAAAUCGACGUGGGUGUUCUUCGGUACGUUCUUCCUCCUUUGGAUCACGUUCAUUCUUCUCUCAGCAGCGGAAAUGUCAGGCAAGCACGGCGUCCAUGUCGCUGGUGGUGUGGUGGCGGUGAUCACGGCGUUGUUCUCGUUGUACUUAUGCUUCGCCGGUAUCGCUAAUAAGGGCAAUUCGUACAUUGUGCCUCAUGCCUUCCCUAUGCCGGUGCCCAAAAAGAACCGCUGGCUCACCGUUUAA